AUUUGACGUUUUAAUUUUUAAGUUUGGCAACAUAAUUUCGCAAUUUCUAAAAGAAAGUUUAGAUCGAUGGUGUAGCGAGGGAUUUUGCGAUUUAACAUAAUUCGUGAUAAAAGCACAGUGUUCGACUGCACCGCAGUUAUUCUUUAUUGCUUACGAGUGAUUUACUAAAAACUCAAAAUGGGCAAUGAAAAUUCAAUUCCCAUGGAGCUCUGUUCCAACUCGCGUGUUAACUGCAUUGAUUUUAAGGUGGAGAACUUCGACGCCGACGAGAUCCGGCGGCUGGGCAAGCGUUUCCGCAAGCUGGACUUGGACAACUCGGGCGCCCUGUCCAUCGACGAGUUCAUGUCGCUGCCGGAGCUUCAGCAGAACCCGCUGGUGCAGCGCGUUAUUGACAUCUUCGACGCCGACGGCAAUGGAGAGGUGGACUUCAAGGAGUUCAUCCAGGGUGUGUCGCAGUUCAGCGUGAAGGGGGACAAGCUGUCUAAACUGCGCUUCGCGUUCCGCAUCUAUGAUAUGGACAACGAUGGGUUCAUCUCUAACGGAGAGCUGUUCCAGGUCCUCAAGAUGAUGGUCGGCAACAACCUGAAAGACACGCAGCUGCAACAGAUCGUCGACAAGACGAUCCUGUUUGCGGACCGCGACGAAGAUGGCAAGAUAUCGUUCGAGGAGUUUUGCUCCGUGGUUGGCAACACUGACAUUCACAAAAAGAUGGUCGUCGACGUGUAAGCCGCUGCGGCCGGCCCGGUGUUGCUUCGCGUCUUCUUUGAGUUUGACACGGGGCCUCUUGGUCACUAGCCACACUUUGCUUUGGGAGUUUUACU